AACUCAUAAUAAAUUGAACAAACAAUAUAUAAUCCGAUCGCAGUAAUAUAUCUCCCAGGAAGGAGUUAGUGUUGACUGUUCUGACAUAACCAAACAUUCUUGCAGUCGCCCAUAGAAUGCUUGAUGGCGCUGACUGUUGGUUGCAACGAGCGAGACAGAGAGCGAGAAAAGAAGAGAGAGAAAAUUCACGCGCUAGCAUUGAGGGCGUACUGAUCUAAAAAAGCGUCUGGCAACACUGGUUUUGCUAACCAUUACAAGCUCUAACCUCGAAAAACUUGAAGGGGGGUCCAGCCAGAGGUACCAAGCAAAAGCCAGCAAAGUAGCUCGAGCAGUAGAUGUGGCACCUGGCCCCCUAGCCAUAGGGGACAACCAGACCACUAUCAGGGAGCACACCAUUAAUCACCUCACAAUCGGAGCUUUAAUUAUUUAUUUUUUUAAAAUAAUACAUCAUAAGGGAUUUUUGUUGACUUUAACGUGGGCAAUACAGUGAACCCAACCUGAAUCCAACCGAGAGUACAACCAAGCUAUCAAUCCCACAAAGAUGACCAUUAUUGUGUUUCUCAUCGACACAUCAGCCUCCAUGAAUCAGAGAGCAGACCUGGGGGGACGUCCCACGCUCCUCGAUGUUGCUAAGAAGGCUGUUGAGACCUUUGUUAAAGUGAGACAGAGAUCUCCUGAGAGCAGGGGGGACAGGUACAUGCUGCUGACCUUCGAGGAUCCACCUCAUAAUAUCAAAGCGGGUUGGAAGGAGAACUUGGCGACGUUCAUGAACGAAUUGAAGAAUCUGCAGUGUGUGGGACUGACAACUCUGUGUGCAGCCCUGAAACACGCCCUGGAUGUCCUCAACAUCAACCGAAUGCAGACUGGAAUCGAUACCUACGGCCAGGGCAGGUGUCCAUUCUUCCUGGAGCCCUCGGUCAUCGUUCUCAUUACAGAUGGUGGAAAAUACACGACCGCCAGUGGAGUUCAGCAAGACUUCACCCUGCCCAUGCAUCCACCGAUUGUCGGCUCAGAACUGACCAAAGAGCCUUUCAGGUGGGACCAGCGUGUUUUUUCCUUGGUGUUGAGGCUCUCUGGGACACCUGCAGUCGAAAGGGAUACAGGUCUCGUCGCCAGUGACACCUCGCCGAUCGAUGCAAUGUGUGAAAUAACUGGAGGUCGUUCCUAUUGCAUAACAUCCCACCGGAUGCUGAUGCAGUGCAUAGAUUCACUGGUGCAAAAAGUCCAGUCAGGAGUAGUAAUAAACUUCGAGAAAAUCGGUCCGGACCCUCCGCCGUUGCCGAAUGAGCUGCCAAACUCCGGCCAACAGCUGCCCCAGAAUCCUCUCCCCCUGACGCAACCCCCAAUACAACAGGAAGACGAAGAGAACGAUGAAGAGAACUCCUCGAUCGCAGCGAACGGUGCAAAAUCUCAAUACCUCCCCCAGCCCCCAAUCGCUGGUAACACAGCAUGGCACUCGUGCAGAAGAUUGAUUUAUGUCCCUAGAUCAGCGCAGAAGGGCUUUGCUGUGGGUUUCUGGCCAAUCCCCGAGAAUUUCUGGCCAGAUCUCAGUGCCAGUACACUGCCACCAAGAACAGCCCAUCCACUGGUAAAAUUCACGUGCACAAGCCAAGAGCCAAUGGUCAUAGAAAAUUUGCCAUUUGACAAGUACGAGCUUGAACCGAGUCCUCUGACUCAGUACAUCUUGGCAAGGAAACAGCCGACGACGUGUUGGCAGGUGUUCGUAGCGAACUCUUACAAAUCGAGUGAAGUCGGCCAUCCCUUUGGCUACUUGAAAGCCAGCACAAAUCUCACCUGUGUGAAUCUCUUCGUGAUGCCUUACAAUUAUCCAGUGCUGCUGCCACUCCUGGAGGAGCUCUUCAAGGUUCACAGGCUUAAGCCAACCAAUGAGUGGCGAACACAAUUUCAGAAUUACAUGAGAACAAUGCCCACGUACUAUGCAGCCUCGUUACGACGUGCCCUCACGAGAAUGGGCGCACCGACCCCCUUAGCCCAAACUUUAAUUCCAGACAAUAUGGAUAACUCCCUGUCUUACACUGUCUUGAAUCAUCUCAAGAGGUUGAAGAACCAGGCGAAGAUCGAGUUUGACAGAUUGUGCAACGAAGUUAUCUCGAAACAAGUGGCCAAUGCCAAUGCCAGCAAGCUCCUGGUGAAUGGCACGUCGUCGCAAUUAUCAGAGGGGGUUCGAGUGAUACCUAGGAGUCCCCUUAAGAAGGACCUGGUGUCCCAUCCCCUCCUACAGGACAAAUUCAUAGGCCUGAGGGACCAGUUGAAUGAAUUCGGGGGCUUCACUGUACGAGUAGUGAGAAGUCAACAGCAGAGGAGUGCCCACAGCUACAGAAAUGCCUUUGAUGUACCCAGGAAGAGUCUGCUGGACCAAGUUGUUAGGAUGAGAGCAAACUUCCUGCAGCCCGGACUGCUGCACACAAAACUGCUGGACGACGAUUACGUGCAUUCCAUGCCUGUGGCACAGAUGGGAAAUUACCAGGAGUACCUAAAACGCAUGACCCCACCUUUGAGGGAAAUCGAGAGUGUCCCAGUGCGUCAGCACAUGUUCGGGAAUCCCUUCAAGAUCGACAAGAGGAUGAUGGUGGACGAGGCUGACAUCGACAUGGUGGGGGCAACGUCCUCCAAUGCCAAUACAAAUAACAGUAAUUCCUCGGUGGUACUUGCACCUACGUCACCAAUAUCUCCAACCAAUUCUAUUGGUAAUUCUGGAACUGUGGGGAUCACGAUAAAAGGCAGCUUAAAGCGUCCUCUGGACAAUAAUGGGGGCAAUGGGAGUGUCAGUCCCAUUGUGUCGAGACCACCCAGCAAGAGAAAACCAGGACCAAUUCCGAGAGAAGUUGUUGUGAGGAGGCCGAGUUAUUCGGUGAAUAAAGCACCCUCGCCUGUACCCUGGAGUCAGGAACCCAAGAGUCCCACUGAAGCACCACCUGAAAUCACUCCAUCCUCAUCUGUUCCUCUUAUCCCCCAUCCUGGCAACUCUGCUACUGUUGCCAAUAAUUCCACGACACCCACGAUCCCUGAUAAAUUAACCAAUGGACUCACUCCUGUGGAGAAUGUAGAGCUCGUGGAGAACCACUCGACCCCACCCACUAGCAAUAAUGUUAAGGGGAUUAAGAAGAGUCUCGAUAACGCCGAGACCAAGGCCGAGUGCAAUGAGAGCUCAGAGGGGCACAAUAGCGUUAAUUCCAUUGAUAAGAAGGACGAACGCAUCAGCAAUCACGUGGAGGAGGCAAAAGUUGUCAAGGGGGAGAGGUCACUGUCCAAGAAGGAGUUGGAGGAGGUCAGGAAACAUAAUUUGUCAAUUAGGGAACUUGUGCAUAAGGAAGUUAGGAAAAGAGGAACGAAUUAUAAAACGCUAUUUUCGCACAUGCAACAAAUAAAAGGGACCCUCGAUAUUCGAGUUGCUUUUGUUCGGGAGAUAGUCAGUGAAUCGAAGAGAUUCAAACGCCGUAAUUUGGCUAAAUUGUUGGAGGAUUACUUGAGCACUGUCCAGCGGGACGGAAUAGGAACGAAUUUGGAUGUUUCAUAGUUAAACCAUUAUGAUAUUUUUUUCCUUCACUUUUUUGUUAUGCAGAUGAAUUUUUAAUAUAAAGUGAUGAUUAAUGUGUAUAUACACUCAGUAAGAUGGAUUUCUAAGUGAACUUGAGGGGCAGGAGGGAGGAGAGACUUGUUGAGGAAGUCUCGAGAUUCUACAAUAAAUUUGAAUGUUGAUUAUGUUGAGUUAUUUGACUGUUGACUAUGUGAAAUCAUUGUCUUGCAUGAGUGACUCCUUUUUACAAUUCUUUUUCUUUCUCCAGUUAUCAUUUUUUUUUUCUACUCAAUUUUCCCUUCUUUUUUCUGCAAAAAAAAAACAAAGAACAAUAUCAUGUGUGUUGUGCAGGUCUCACCCCUUUUGGUUCGACUAUUGGAGUCGUCUCUGUACGCUUGAACAAAGACUUGCACCGGAAUAAAAUAAUGAAUUUUUAACGACAGUUGAUUAUGACACCAAGUGCGAUUUUUAUUGAUGAGAAAAAAUGAAAGAUUAAUCAAUUUGAUAAAUAAAUGAAUUGUAGUUAUUUUAUCAUUGAAUUGUGCAACUUUGUGAUCACAAUUUGUACAUAAUUUACACUGAUGGAGAGAAAAUUAUCCAACGAGAGUAUGAUUAUU